CAAAGAGAGAUGAGAUAUCUUGUCACUUUACUUACACGGAAAAAGCAAAACAUCUUUUUGAUCAUUCAAUCUUUUUGUCUCUUUAAACUAAUUGAAACCCUAAAAGUUCUAUAAAUUUUAUAAAUCUUUACCACCAAAGUACGACCAUAUUAAUCAUCAAGUUUUGACCAUUUCUCCAUCUGGGUUUUAUCUUCACUUCCUUGUCUCAACUCAAACUCGGAAAAAGAAAGGAUCUUUUUGUAUCUUGUUAUUCACAAAUUGAGAUUGUUGUUUCUUUCUAAGUCUUUUUUUUGUUUUUAUUAUAUUUAUGGAAGUCUCUUGAUUUCGCUUUAUAACCCUCAAAAGCAUCUUGUUUCUUUCUCAUUAUACCAAGAAUGAUUGAACAUCAAAAGGGUCUGGAUUUGACAGUUCUCUAAUUAGGGUUUUUAGUUAUAGAACAAAAUUCAAAAUUUUCAAUGGGAUCUGAAACUGGGUUUUACUCAAAUCAAGUGUUUGAAUUGGAUCCUAAAUGGAUCGUUGAUCCUCAACAUCUCUUUGUUGGUCCCAAGAUCGGCGAAGGAGCUCAUGCCAAAAUUUAUGAAGGAAAGUAUAAAAACAAAACAGUUGCUAUCAAGAUUGUUAAAAGAGGUGAAUCUCCGGAAGAGAUUGCUAAAAGAGAGAGCAGAUUUGCGAGAGAGGUCUCUAUGUUGUCUAGAGUUCAACACAAAAACUUGGUCAAGUUCAUUGGAGCUUGCAAAGAACCGAUAAUGGUUAUAGUCACAGAGCUUUUACUCGGUGGUACAUUGCGUAAAUACCUUGUGAGUUUGCGUCCAGGGCGUUUGGACACACGUUUAGCUGUUGGGUUUGCUCUUGACAUUGCUCGUGCAAUGGAAUGCUUACACUCUCAUGGAGUCAUCCAUCGCGAUCUCAAACCAGGCAUGUCAAAUCUCCAAGCCGCUUACGCUGCUGCAUUCAAGAAUGUGAGGCCGAGCGCAGAUGAUUUACCGGAGGAUUUAGCAAUGAUCGUAACAUCUUGCUGGAAAGAAGAUCCAAACGACCGACCAAACUUCACAGAGAUUAUUCGAGUGCUCUUACGUUACCUCUCCACAAUCUCAGCACCUGAGCUUGUUCCUCCGUCAAUCAAACGCGUCUUCUCCUCAGAAAACGCCGUGUUGCCACCGGAAUCGCCUGGAACAUGCUCAUUGAUGGCUGUAAGAGACGGAGGAGAUCAGAAUCCUACGGAUGUAAACAACUCGCCGGAGAAGGAAGUUAGAGGAAGCUUCUUCUUCUGCUGCUAAUUUAAAUUUGUUUAUAAGGGGAAAAUGAGAGAAAUUGGUUUGAAAAAAAAGUAAUAAAUGGUAAUGUUCAUUAACUUGUUCGUUGAACUUAUGUAUAGUUUCAUUUGUUUUUUUUCUUUCUCAAAUAUGAAAGAUACAAAACAAACAAA